CCCCCUGGCUCCUCAUGGCAUGCUGAGUUUGGGAGUGCAAGAGGGAGAUGUUUUAAAAACACUGACAGGCAAUAAGACUCUUGGAGAGACGGUGCAGUGCGGCCCAGUCAACGCAAGCAUCCUCAGUGCAGCCCAGUAGAGCUUCUGUGGACCCUCAGGUUUGGACCUGCCAAGAUAAAGAUGCUAGCAUCAAACCUGGUACUGCUGGUGGUGGUGUUUGCCAAAUGGGCCGAGCCAUAUGUUGCUCAAUACCGAGAUGCGGAGCAAGACCCAUAUGAGCCCAGACAUAAUCAGAGAUCCACAGAAUACUACAGAGAUGGCAGUGGAUCAGAGUGCAGGCGAUGCUGUGACCCUGCAGAGGAGUCCCCUCAGUACGCCAGUCCACACCCACACUACCAGAUUGUGCCUCAGAUAAACAUCACCAUUCUAAAAGGGGAAAAGGGAGACACUGGCGACCGAGGACCUUAUGGGAAAUCGGGCAAGUCAGGGCAGACUGGACCCCGAGGGCCCCAUGGUGUGAAGGGAACCAAGGGCAGCAUCGGUGCCCCCGGAGAACCCUGUAAGUCCUACUACGCUGCCUUCUCUGUGGGCCGCAAGAAGGCCCUGCACAGUAACGAUUACUACCAGACCAUGAUCUUCGACACAGAGUUCGUCAACCUGUAUGGCCACUUCAACAUGUUCACGGGCAAGUUCUUCUGCUACGUCCCCGGCAUCUAUUUCUUCAGCUUAAACGCGCACACCUGGAACCAGAAGGAAACGUACCUGCACGUGAUGAAGAACGAGCAGGAGAUGGCCAUCCUGUACGCGCAGCCCAGCGAUCGCUCCAUCAUGCAGAGCCAGAGCCUCAUGCUGGAACUGGAGAGGGAUGACCAGGUGUGGAUUCGGCUCUAUAAGGGCGAGAGAGAGAACGCUGUGUUCAGUGAUGACUUUGACACCUACAUCACGUUUAGUGGUCACCUUAUCAAAGCAAAGUCAGAAGGUUGAGCAGAGCAAAAAUGAUGGACAGCAAAGAUUUAUGUAACAUGUAUUAAAUGAGAUGUAAUUUCUUGUUAUUCUUUUUUUGUCAUUUUUUUUUAACAGGAGGAGAAACCUUGAUUUAACUUUAUGAACCAGUACUGGAGUGUCUUGUGUGUCUGACCAUUUAACUCUGUUAAAGAUACUGGUGCUAUUUGACAAACAUGGUAAAGGUUAUUGCUACAAUAUUGUUAUGUAUUGUAAUAUACUAUAUUGUAUAUGAUAAGAUGCUGAAGUACAUUGUUUCAGAAAAGUUGAAAUAAUACCUAAUAAUUUAUUAGAUUUAUUAAAUAUUUUUAUAAUGUACUGUAUUAUAGAAUGAGAAAAUGUGGGAUACUUAGACACCAUGCUGCAGACAACUACAGUAACUCAAUGAUCAAUGACAAAACACCCUAAUGGUGUCUCUGAAUGUACUGUAUUAUAAAUGUUACAUUUGUAUAAAUGGAUGAACCAGUAAGACUUCAUAGUCAUAUCAGCAUAUAAGCAGCGAUAUUGUGGAUUUGAUACAUUAUAUUCAUAAGAUAAAUUAUUCCCAUAUGUGUUUUACUUUAUAAAAAUCUGUUCCUGUCUUGCACAAAGACUCUAUAAAAUAACAAUCAUAUGAACUGGACAGUUAUGUCUUAACCAAAGCUCAUUAUUUUAAAAGCUUUUGAAAGAUUCUAAAAAAAAAAAAAAAAAAAAAAAAGACUGGGGCUUCAGUAGGAAUUAUUGUUAAUUUGUAAAUGUUGUGUUCAUUGUUAUUGAAGGAAACUGUCAAUUUUGUCAGUCAUUCGAAAUUGGUGACCUAGAGGUCGCUGUUCAUUAAAUGUUAAAAAGCUGCAUUAAAUAAGUAGCGUGAAAAAAAUCCAGUCCAUCUGGAUGCCAUUCAGUUUUAUUUUUUAAUUUAAAUUUUAUAUUUCAUAAUUAUUAUUGCUUUAUUGUGAACAGACACAGAGAAUAGCUCCUUAAUCCAAAAAGACAAUAUUAAAGAUUUUGGUAACCUCAAUGUCAGAUUUGAUAACCAUGCUGUAUGUCUGUAGUUGUAUAUCAGACCAAAAGAUAGAAGACAGAGGGGGUAACAGACUUUGGUAACAUUGGCAAUAUGCUGCCUUGUCAGAUUUGGAGACCCUGCUGUACUUAUUCUGAUGUUCACUUCAUAGCAAAAUGCUUUCAAGGAUAUAAAACAGAGGAGAUUAGACAACAAAAAGCACUUCUGUGUGAAAUAUCACAGUGUUUAGAUCACGAUUUCUCUUUAGGCCAACAUAACUACUUGUCGCCAUCUAGUGAUGUAGUUAAACGGGACUUCAAGGGCUAGAUACCUCAAAAAAUGAAAAUGAUGUCAUCAUUUAAUCACUCUCAUGUUGUUCCAAACCUGUAUGAUUUCUUCUGUGACAUAAAAGAAUACAUUUUAAGAAA